AUGGAACCAUACCAAACAUGGCUCAUCACCGGGGCCUCCUCAGGCCUGGGAAAGGCCAUAGCUAUGGAGGCCCUCAACGCUAAUCACAGAGUCAUCGGCACGACACGCGACAUUGACCAAGCUAAGGCUUCAUAUCCCGACUUCGGUAACAAUGGUGGCAUUUGGAUACGUCUCGAUCCUGCUCAGGAUGAUGCAUAUGAUCGAUUUGCAGAGCUAGCUGUGGAAUAUAGUGUCGAUGUGUUGGUGAAUAGUGCAGGGUAUGCGUUUAUUGGCGGAGUGGAGGAUACGAGUGAAGAGGAAGUCCGCGCCCAAAUGGAAGUCAACUUCUACGGCCCCCUCCGGGCCGUGAGGGCUUGUUUACCGGUGAUGCGUGAGAAGGGGUCAGGACAUAUUAUUCUCAUUAGUAGUGGGGCUGGAUUCAUCGCCCGCCCCGGUCGAGCCACCUACGCCGCCAGCAAAUUCGGCAUCGAAGCGAUCCAUGAAUCCCUGUCCCAGGAAGUCAAAGACUUCGGAAUCAAGGUAUUGAUCGUGGAGCCAGGUGCAUUCCGUACGCCCUUUCCCGGCCGGCAGGUCUUCCCUAAGGGGCCUGGGUUGGAGAAGGGAUACAGUGAUGUGUACAAGGGCACGCCGGUUGAGAAGAUGAUUGAGUUGUCCCAGGAUAUGGGCUCUACGACAGAGUGGAUUAAGGGCGAUCCCGAGAAGGCAGCGAAGGCAGUGGUUGUAGCUGUCGAUAAUGGGUAUGAUGGGUAUGAGUUCCUUAGGAUGCCGUUGGGGAGGGAUUGUGUGAGGGUGUUGGAGGAGAAGAUUGCGGCUUUGAGGAGUGAUUUGGAGGCCACUAGGGAAAUUGCGAUGGGUACUGAUGUUGAUGAGGAUUGA